GUUCUGUCGUGUUUUUUAGAUCGUCGUAUUGCUGUUUUGAAGACCAAACAUCGUUCAAGUGACAAAUGUUGGAAAAUGAUUCCUGCAGGAGGAUUUUAGUUUAAAGGAUAAAUCGUUUGUCUUCAAAGACCUGGACUUUUAAACUUUAUUUCACUUCUGGGUCAAGAAUUCAAGGUGAAGGUGCAGGAGUCCAGACGUCUGUUUACCUGUGACCCACUGCCCCUCCUGUGCACAUAAAAGCUGCAGCUGCUGCAGAGCAGACAGGAGUGAUCAUGGAGCUGUCCACCAGCCUGAUCUUGGUGGCUCUCACCGCCGUUCUGCUCUGGCUGCUGAACCUCAGGAACAACAGGAAGCACCGCUUGCCCCCGGGCCCCCCCGCGCUGCCCCUCAUAGGAAACCUGCUGCAGCUGGACAAGAAUGCUCCCUUCAGGACUAUUGUGAAGCUCAGUCAGACCUACGGGCCUGUGAUGACCAUCUACAUGGGCUGGCAGAGGACAGUGGCUCUGGUUGGUUAUGAUGCAGUCAAGGAGGCUCUGGUGGACCAAGCAGACGACUUUGUGGGGAGAGCGCCGCUUCCGUUUCUCUACAGAGCUACCAGAGGAUACGGGGUCGGCAUCAGCAACGGGGAACGCUGGCGCCAGUUGCGGCGCUUCACUCUGAUGACUCUGCGGGACUUUGGGAUGGGACGGAAAGGGAUGGAGCAGUGGAUCCAGGAGGAGAGCCGACAUAUUAGAGCGCAGAUAAACACGUACAAAGGGAAACCUUUUGACCCCACAUUCUUGCUGAGCUGCACCGUGUCCAACGUGAUCUGCUGCUUGGUCUACGGAGAGCGCUUUAAUUAUAACGACAAGCAGUUCUUGGAGCUUCUUAAAAUGAUAUCAGAGAUCUUGGGCUUUAACGGCGGUCCCAGGGGAGCGCUGUACAACAUCUUCCCGUGGCUCAUGGAGCGUCUUCCAGGACAUCAGCACACCGUCUUCGGCUACAUUGAGGACAUUAGAAAGUUUGCCAAAAAGAAGAUCCAGGAGCACAAAGACACGCUGGACCCAAACUCUCCAAGAGACUUUAUCGACUGUUUCCUCCUCCGCAUGGAUCAGGAGAAGAACAACCCCACAUCUGAGUUCCACUAUGAGAACCUGGUUGCUACAGUUCUGAAUCUGUUCCUGGCAGGAACAGAAACCACCAGCUCCACCAUCAGAUACGCUCUGAGUGUUCUGAUCAAACACCCCAAAAUACAGGAGAAAAUGCAGGAGGAGAUCGACACUGUGAUCGGAAGAGAACGAUGUCCCUCCAUGGAGGACAGGAAGUCCCUCCCCUUCACAGACGCCGUCCUCCACGAGGUGCAGCGUUUCAUGGACCUGACCCCAUUCAGCCUCCCUCACUAUUCUCUGAAGGACAUUUCGUUCAGAGGUUACACCAUCCCUAAGGACACACUGCUUUUUCCCAUGCUGCACUCUGUGCUCAGAGAAGAUAAGCUGUGGUCAACUCCCUGGUCCUUCAACCCCCAACACUUUCUGGACCAGAAUGGAAACUUCAAGAAGAACCCUGCAUUUGUGCCGUUUUCUGCGGGGAAGCGAGCCUGUGUUGGAGAGUCUCUGGCUCGGAUGGAGAUCUUCCUCUUCAUCGUGUCGUUCCUGCAAGAUUUCACCUUUUCUGCCCCCAACGGUCCCGACAGCAUCAACCUGGUUCCCGAGUACAGCAGUCUUACCAACCUGCCUCGUCGGUAUAACCUCAUUGCCACUCCACGCUGAGGGAAAAGGUCCACCCAGGAGCUUCAAGUUUGUUAUCUAACAUGGAGAAAACCUCACACCUGCUGCAUGGAGCAGCAUGUCUUUUAUUACCACAAUUUGAUUGUUCAAAUGAGAAGUUCAAACAUUCACGAUAAGAUCCAUGGAAAAUUUGUCAUUGUAAUGAUGUCCUUUAGAAAAUCUGUUUACUUUCUCUUUUCAUGCUAUUGUUUAUGUAGCCUGAGUAAGGUACGUUACUUAACAAAGGUUUUUUUUUGUGGAAUAGGAAAAAUGUCAGGAACCGGUAGCGUAGGAUCCAAACGCACGAGACUGGGCUUGGUGGUGGAAACUUAACAAUUUAAUAAAUAAACUUGAACUAGACAAAUAAUAAACCCAUGAAAAAAUAAAACAGUGAAAGAACAGAGUAAGUGACCUGACAAAGAUGAACUGAAAACCAGACAUGUAAAUAGGCUGAGAGUAAUUCACUGAGAUGUUGAUCAUGAACCUGAAACUGGUGUGACUGACAAAGGGUAGCCAAAGACAUGACCAAGAGCAGCAGAAAACCAACCAAACUAAAACACAAACAUAACAGUACCCCUCCCCAAAAGGAUAGAUCCCAGGAGCCCAAACAUCCGAGACGAGGGGACCUGGAGAAACAGAAAAAAAAACAAAAAGCCCAGAACACAUUUUGGUUUCCUGCAGCCUAGCAUAUGAGAGGGGUGACAUGGUGAACUCCUCCUCAGGAACCGACAUGUAGAGGAUCAGGCCCGACAACCCUCCUCCAGAAAAUGAAAUAUGGCCAAAGGGGGAUGAAUGGCAACCAUUCUCAGGGAUAAGAAACGUCACGGAUGGCCCUGGCAAUCCCUCUCAGGAACGGACAGGCUAGACCUGGAAUGGCUUAACUUGAAAGUCUAUCAUCCAUCUUCUUCCGCUCAUCCAGGACUGGGUUGUUGCAGGGGCAGCAGUCUAAGCAAAGAUACCCAGACUUCCCUCUCCCCGGUCACUUCCUCCAGUUUCUCUGGGGGAACCCCGAGGUGUUCCUAGCCGAGAGAUAUAGUUUCUCCAACGUGUCUUGGGUCUUCCCCGGCUCCUCUGUCCAAUUCAAUUCAAUUCAAUUCAAUUUUAUUUAUAUAGCCCAAUAUCACAAAUUCAAUUUGCCUCAUUGGGCUUCAUGCAAGUCCAGUGGAACAUGCCCGGAACUCCUCCCCAGGACGGCGUCCAUUAGGCAUAUGGAUUAGAUGCCCGAGCCACCAUAACUGGCUUCACUCGAUGUGGAGGAGAAGCGGCUCGACUCCGAGCUCUCUCCGGGUGACCGAGCUUUUACCCUAUCUCUAAGGGAGCGUCCAGAUACCCUCCGGGGAAAACUCAUUUCAGCCGCUUGUAGUCGGGGUCUUGUUCUUUUGGUCAUGACCCAGAGCUCAUGACCAUAGAUGAGAAUUGAACAAAGAUCGACUAAUAAAUCAAUGGCUUUGCUAACUGGCUAAGUCUCUCUUCACCACAACAGACCAGGGCAGUGAUGUAUAACAGCGGACACCCUCUUCAAUCCGCCCGUCAAUCUCAUGCUCCGAUCUUCCAUCACUCGUGAACAAGAACCCAAGAUAUUUUAACUCCUCCAAUUGAGGCAGGAGCACUCCACCCACCGAGAGAGGACAAACUACCUUUCUCUGGUCAUUUUUAACUUGAAAGAGGCUGCAGGAAAACGCCUCUGACGUGGCGUAGCAUGGAGUUGCCUGCUGUGGCAGAAAACCUUGCCACUGUGGCAAAAAAUCCUCCUAUUGGGUCCAAGGUGGUCAGGUCAUUGUAUCAGGAACCGGAACUAGUGAUUUGAUGGUCUCUAUCGAGGCUUCGAGGCAUGUGUCAAGAAGUCAAGGAGAAGUUUCUGUGAAGUAUGUAUCGAGGCUUGCUUUGUUUAGGGGAGGAUCUAAAAAUGAUGACAUCCGAAACAUCACUGAAAUAAAAAAUAUUCCUCUUUUUUUGUUA